AUGUCAAACACGCGGUCAGAAGAUAUAUUUUCAGCUCUGGAAACAAAGAUUUCGUCCCUCAGAACUUCACUUUCUGCUCUUGAGGAACGCUUAAGCGCACAUAUCCUUGUUGACCAACAAAUAAAACAAGUUAGUGAGGUUGAGCACCUCUCAACCCUGGUCGAAGAAAUGAAGGAAGAAAUUGAGCUCUUAGAUUGUCGACUCACCGAUUUACAAGAAUCAGCCAGCCUCGAAUACCAACGUAGUAGAGCUCAUGAGGUGGUUCUGCAACAACUCAUAGAAGCGUCUCCAGCACAUAGUCAUAUUAAUCUUUUAUUGGAGAUAGAGAAUUAUUCUACUGAGCGUCAUCGUAGUGAAACUCGUAUGGAUGCAUUUUAUGACUAUUCAUCUUAUGAUAAUAAACAUACUGAUGUUGAUCAUGUUACAAACCCACCCACUACUGUGACAUGUGAUCCAGAACAUCAAUUGUGA